UGUCAAUGUCAUUUUACAAAAUUAAAAUUGCAAUUUUGAAUUAUUUUGCUACGAAAAUAAAAACAUGAGAUUCGAGAUUUAUAUCAAUGUGUAAAAUCGUCUUUCAGUUUAAUUUUGAAAGUAUAAAUUGAACAAUUUGAGCAGCAAUCGAAUAUUGAUUUUCAAAGUUUGAAAUAAUUUCUGUUGUUGUUAUUUUAUAAUUUCUGUGAACUAAGUAAUAACAGAACCAUGCAUCGAAACUUACCACAAAAUAAAGAAGCUUUGCUAAAAUCAUACACAACACGCCUCAAAGAAGAUGUUAAAAGUAUGUUAGAAAAUUUUGAAGAAAUUAUAAAACUUGCCAAAGGGGAAAAUGAUUCACAAUUAAAUAGGAUGACACAAAUUGAGCAGGACACUUUUGAAAUGCAAGUGAGAGCAGCUAAUAUUGUGAGGGCAGGAGAGUCUUUGAUGAAAUUAGUAUCAGACAUCAAGCAGUAUUUAAUUUUGAAUGAUUUUCCAUCUGUCAAUGAAGCUAUUACACAAAAUUCCAAAUUGUUUCGUACAAAGCAGCAAGAGUGUGACCAAAAGUUAAUGUCCCUCCGUGAUGACAUUGCAGCAGACCUGUAUGACCUAGAAGAUGAAUAUUUUACUAGUAUUUAUAAGUGAAUAUUGUAACACUAUUGUAGCAGUACUAUAGGUAGGGUUCUCAAUUUUGCACCUGUUCAUUUCAGUGAAAGGUCCUUCCACAUUUUUAAAUUAACUAUUGUGAGAGAAAAGAGGUGUCAAGCCAUACCUGUUAGCAUCUCUAGGGCAAAAAUACUAGGAUAUAUUAAUGAAAUUAUAACUGCACAGCAUUUAAUGUGCGUUAUUAUAGUUGUGUUAUGUUAAGCAACUCCUGUAGGUAAGUUUGGUGUUUUUAAGGCAUAGCAGAGUGCUGUAUAUUUAUGGGGAAUACUAUAAAAAUUCUAAUUUUUAAGCAAUAAUAUAACUAUUCAUACUAAUAUUAUUAACAUGCGUCUAUCUGCUAGAUUUUCAUAGCCCAUACGUUUAACCAUUUUAGGAAAGGACAUAGGCCGAUUUUGGUCCCCAAAAAUUGAAGAACUCCCACAGGAUUUUCAAAAUCUAAAUCCUCACAAACCAUGUCACAUAUGUCAUCUAGUUUUACUAUAGAACUUGAAAAUAAUAUAGCUCUUUUGAAUAUUGUAACUUACCUUAUGUCUAAAGAGAAUAUAAUCUUUUGAUUACUUAUACACAGAUUAGUAGCAUAUAAAGUGAUCUAAAAGGAAUUAAACAAUUUUAAUUUA